UUUAGCACUAUGUGAUUGCUGUGAAAAUGGCACCAUCUGGUACCUUUAUGCAGAUACGCGACCUGUACUUACAGAAGAGACAAAUAGGCCAACGCCUUAAACGUGAAGUGUUUAACUUUGCGUGUGAAACCUUCAUAGUUAUUGUCGAUGGCAUUGAGUGGGUUGCUACAGUGCCAAGGCGCAGCAAGCCAGACGAUCUCGUAUCAAUGAGAUUCUCGGCUGGCAAUGAGGUGGAGAGGACGCUUGUCGGAAUGCUUGGUAGUGGCGCCAAGGAGGAGAGCCUGAAGAGGUACAUCCGUGAAGGAUUGGCUAUGAAAACAAACGAAUACAAGGAGCGGGUUGUCUCAGCUGAAGCCAGGGUGCCUGCACACAUGCAGAUCAUCAAGAAUGCAGCAGCUUUGCCGCCGGCAGCUGCUGAGUGGGGGCUGCCAGGCAGCCAGCAUGCUGCUGGCAGCCUCCCUGAGCACAGCAGCGGGUUGUGUACCAUGCCAGGGGUCCCUGCACGCAGCACGGCUUUGUCUGAGCAUGCCGCUUCAAGCUUUGCGCUUCACCUCUGUGCCACCAGUGUCAUCACGUCACAGGCAGCCAGCGCGGCUGACAGGACCAUGACAACAGGAGGUGAUGCUGCCAUGGUGGACCCGGUGAAGCAUGGCGGCACUGGUGAUGCUGGCGAGUAUGGGGUGUCCGAGGAUGGCACAGAGGUCUCUGGUGCUGGCCAGAGCAAUGGGCUGGCCCCUUCAGAAGCAGGCGAACAGUCAGAGGAGCUGGUUCAUCGAGGCUUUGGUGUGUGCAACGAGACCAGGAAGAGAAAGCGGGCCCCAAACAUGACCCGGCUGGUGGCGGACGAUGAGGAGCAGCAACGGGAGAUGGACAGGGGACACAAUGAUACAGAUGAUGCCGCUCCACGGUAUCCACGCAUGGCAGGACAGCAGGAUGAGCUGCCAUUGCCCAGCCCACGGUUUCCAUGCACGGUAAGACAGCAGGAGGGGGGCGCCUCUGCUACUGUGCAGCUGCCACCGCCGGCGCCUGGGGAUGCCCAUGGUGGUGAGGCGGCUGCUUUGCCAUCCCCGUCAGCUGCAGGACCAGCAGCCAUUGCCGGCCCACAGUUUCCGUGCACGGUAAGACAGCAGGAGGGGGGCGCCUCUGCUACUGUGCAGCUGCCACCGCCGGCGCCUGAGGAUGCCCGUGGUGAUGAGGCGGCUGCUUUGCCAUCCCCGUCAGCUGCAGGACCAGCAGCCAUUGCCAGCCCACGGUUUCUGUGCACGGUAAGACAGCAGGAGGGGGGCGCCUCUGCUACUGUGCAGCUGCCACCAACGGCGCCUGGGGACACCCAUGGUGGCGAGGCGGCUGCUCAAGCAGCAGACGAGAGGAGACUGCUGCCCAAUGAUGAAGCACACCUUGAGCGAGAGAUCCACCGCAUGGCUGGCGAUAAGGCAGCAGCAAUAUUUCAGCGUGGGGACCUUCCCGCAUGGCAGGGAGGGCUACCAUGGCUUACCCAUGAGGGCAGGCUCCGACUCAGCAAUGGAACCGGGAGGCGUAUGAUGGUCAAGCUGGACAAGCCCCCAUUCGUCGGCAGACGCUGCACGUGGACAUGCAGCCUGGCAGAGGGAUGUCGUUUGUUGCAAUCGUGCCAUUGGAGCAGGACCUCGAGCUGUGGGCGUUUGCUGCUCGGGCAGAGCCUGCUGCUGCAGCUGCUGCUGCAGCAGCAGAUGAUGCCGAAGCAGGUGAUGCAAGCAGAGCCGACAGAAGCAGUGCGGCAGGGACAGCCUGGCCAGAUCAUUUUCCUGCAUGGCAACACUGUGCAUGCUGGGGCGGCUGGCAAGGCUGGCACCUGGAGCCCGCACCUCCACUGCUGGCCCAUGAAUGGGUUGGGACGUGCUUGUGUUCUGUCUACCCUGGGACUUGAUGGUCAGACCGGCAGGGUGGCGCCCUCACCUGCCUUCCUUCACCUGCCUUCCUGCAAACUAGACAUGAAGUUGCAUCAGCUGCUGCACCUCGCAGAGCGAAUUGAACACCUUGGGCCAAGUUUCACAACCGCGAUGUGGGGCUACGAAUCACUGUGGAACCAUUUGGUGAAGCUGAUGAAGAACAAGCAGUACUCCGAGGCUACCUGUAUGCGCAGCUGGAUACAUAAGGAGUCGGUGAUUCUAGCUGCGGAGAGGUUACCCGAGGGCCUCUGCUCUUUUGAACCCCCACAGGACGCCGUGUCCGCUGGAAAGUUGACCCAUCAGCAGAAGGCAUAUUGGACAGUCACUAAUUCCACCGGCCCCAGCGUUGACACUAUCUCUAGAAAUGCUGCAAUAGGAUUUAAGCAGGCACGGCGCGAGACCCUUCCGGAAGGCUUCCUCCUGGAGAUGCAUGAGACUUACCUGCGCCACAGCACCGACUACUCUGAUUUAUUUGGUGUUUUCACCGCCUGGCUGUGGGAGCAGUGGACUGAUGACACGACCCCGGGGCCAUUCCUGUCCGACUAUCUUUCACACCUGAGGCUAAGGACCCAUUCAAGAAGGACGCUGUUGCACCGGGACAGCCAUGGCUCUGUGUCCAUGCGGAACAAGGUGCUUGCCAAGUGCUGCCUCAGUGAGCUGUGGUGCCAAGAUGUGUGGGUGCAGCCGGGUUUGCUGUUGGGGUCAAAGCCGGUCAGUGGUAUACAUCUCGCAGGCAGGUUCUUGGAGAAGCUCGUGGCCAUCAAGCUCAACAACAACGUGGCACUCACUGCAUUCGAUAGCAACAAGCCUAAGACGUCACAGGCCUGCUGGUUCAUCACCCGGAGAUGCAACUCCAGCGACAAAAUGUGGGCGGGGAAGGUGCUGGGCUUGUACCGCUACAGGUUGCCAUUGAACAGGGAUAAGUUCGAUGUGGUGCUGGAGGUCGAAUGGCAUGCUCCCCUGCUGGGGAACAACAGUGAUGCCGAAGUUGCGGUCGACCAGUUCAUGAAUGUCCCCUUGGUGGACGCCAGGGCUGCCAGUGUGUCCAACACAGGCUCUCGUUACUACCUGGCUGAGGAUGUUGCGCCUUGCCGGGUGCACAUCUUGCCACACCCCAGUAAGCGGGGCGCCCUGUGUGUUCUUUCAAGAAGCUACAGCUUCAUGCGGGUGGCUGGCUGGGAGGCCCUGCAGCCACAGACCCCAUGGGCGAGGUCACGGUAG